AUGGCAGAAGUUGAGUUUAAGAUUGAGAAACUGGCUUUUACAGUAAUCUGUAAAAUUUCAUAUUAAUGGGAUCUGCUUUUGACACAGCUCCUUAAUAACCGCUUUGAAACUGCCUUAAGGUUCCAUAUACUUCAGCACCGCUUCCAGUACCAGUCAGAUUCUUCUGGAAAGCUGAAAACUUAAUGCAAUGUGUAAACACAUCCAUUUAGUAUUAUACAUAAACCAGAAAUUUAUAAUUUAUUCACAAUCUGGUUAUUAUGUGUCAUCCCAGCAUAUGUUUAUAAUGUGUUAUAAGGAAAGAUACUGGCAGCUGAAGUAGGCAUAUUUAGAUCACUUUAUCCUUAGUGUUUCCAUGUGCAUCACUACACAUGAGCUGUAUGUGUCAUAAUUGUUUAAUCUGUCAGCCAAUGACAUUUCACUUGGACUCCUGCAAGUGAGGGAACUAGACAACUGAAAGUAAGCUAUCAGGUACAUCUGUGUCCCUGAAAAAAUAUUAAAGAGAAUCUGAAAUCACUGCACUAUGAAAUGAGUUUGGAUCCUGGAAACAAAGCAUAUGCCACAGAGGUUGGCGCACCAAACUUGCUUCCUUGUGACACCUGUGGAAGGCAUUUUGCACUGGAAGCACUGGCAAGACACAAUCCAAUAUGCAAAAAAAUUUUCAGCAAGAAGCGUAAGCCAUUCAAUUCCUUGAAACAACGACUACAGGGAACUGACAUUCCAACAGUGAAAAAGAAGCCACCCUCAAAGAACGCACAGGAGAAAAAAUCAAAUUGGAGACAACAGCAUGAAGAUUUUAUUUCAGCGAUCAGAGCAGCCAAACAUGCCACUCAAGCCAUGAAAGAAGGCCGCCCACUUCCACCACCACCACCUCCAUCCAUUAACCCAGAUUAUAUUCAGUGCCCUUACUGUAUGAGGAGGUUUAAUGAGGCUGCCGCAGAAAGGCACAUCAACUUUUGCAAAGAACAAGCUGCCAGACGACCCUUUGUCCCGGGCCAGAAAGGAGGCAAACCAGCUUCUGGGAAACAAGGAGCUCCCAAAAAAGAAGUAACUUUAACAAAUGCUGUGGGGACACUACUUCAAAACAAAUUGCAAGAAGGGACAAAUACUGGCCCAUCUGCAACAGGGUUCCAACUCAGGGAAGAAGAUAAGGAGAACAUGCCCUCCAGGUUUCUGAAUAGCAGCCGUUACUUUUUACAGCACCAGAACUAG